GUACUAUUUUCGCCUACAGUUGCAUCUUAAAGUCAAUCUUAUCUGGUUCGUUGAAUAUCAUCAGGUUUUGAAUUAUAAUUUAUUGUAUCAAUUUGAUACAAAAGUGCCUUAUGAAAUGUUUCGUUCAGUUGUAGCAGGUGCACCUGUUUUAUUUCGAAAUGUGUUACCGAAGAAUGCAAAAAAUUAUGCAACAGAGGCGAAGUUCGACAUCAAGCCGUUCAAAUUGCAUAAUUUAGAAACAGGACCAGCAACAUCAGCAAAGAUAACUAGAGAUGAAGCGAUUACAUACUACAAGGCCAUGCAAUUAAUUAGAAGAUUGGAAACUUCUGCAGGAAAUUUGUACAAAGAGAAAAUUGUCCGAGGCUUUUGUCAUCUGUACUCGGGACAAGAAGCAUGUGCUGUGGGAAUGAAGGCGGCAAUGCGGUCACAGGAUAACAUCAUUUCGGCUUACCGGGUACACGGCUGGACUAAUUUAAUGGGAGUAAGUCUGAAAGGUGUUCUGUCGGAGCUUACCGGAAGACAAAGCGGAUGUGCUCGCGGGAAAGGUGGUUCCAUGCAUAUGUACGCCCCCAAUUUCUAUGGUGGAAAUGGAAUCGUAGGUGCCCAAGUACCGCUUGGCGCUGGUGUCGCUUUGGCCUGCAAGUACAAAGGAAACAAUGGAGUUUGUCUAUCAUUAUAUGGAGACGGAGCUUCAAACCAAGGACAAGUUUUCGAAGCUUACAACAUGGCGUACCUUUGGAACCUGCCUUGUAUUUUUGUAUGCGAGAAUAACGGUUACGGGAUGGGAACCAGUGCAAGCCGUUCGUCCUGCAACACUAAUUACUACCAGCGGGGAGAUGUGUUGCCAGGAAUUUGGGUAGAUGGAAUGGAUGUGAUUGCGGUCAAACUGGCUACUGAUUUUGCUAUCGACUAUGUUCUAAAAAACGGCCCUUUGGUUAUGGAAGUAUACACUUACAGAUACUCUGGACACUCAAUGUCAGAUCCUGGAACAAGUUAUAGAACACGUGAUGAAGUUCAAGAAGUUCGCCAAACAAGAGAUCCUAUCUCAUCUUUCAAGGAAAAAAUUAUUUCUGCCGGGCUGGUCACAGCAGAUGAACUUAAGAAAAUCGAUGCUGAGAUCAAAAAAGACGUUGACGAGGCAACUGUUGCGGCUAAGAAUGAUACAGAAAUAGGUUUACCCGAAUUGAGUACCGACGUCUACGCCAAUAAUUUGGAAGGUGAUAUAAAAGGCUCUAUUCCAAACUUAUGGUUGAAGCAUAGUACAUUGAAUAAAGCUGUUAAUUUAUAAUAUAGUCUCAAAAUAAUUAACAAAGAAUUUCGAAAUACAUAUUUUUUAAUAAAACAGUAA